CAUAGCACGAGCGGCUGUUCGGAGACGGAAGCUCGACGGGCACUGCCGAGGUCGGGGAGGGAUCGUAGAUACAGGUGUCCCGGAGAGCCGGAGGCGUAAAGGGUAGUUCCAGAUGUGGCCGCUGUGGCGGGCGGAGUCUGGCCAGAGAGACUGGGCGGGAGCCCUGAAGAGCCCGGAAGAGGCGGGGUCUGAAGCGGGGCAGGGAUAGGAGAUCGCGACCCGGGCCCGAAGAGAAGGACCGGAUUGGGAGCCACGAGGGGCAGGGUUUGGCGAGCCACAGACUCCAGGCCCUGCCCCCUGAGCUCUGCCCUCGGAUGUCCGACCGCCAAGAGCCUGCAUGCGCCGUGGGGCGCCCCAGGACCAGGAGCUGGUGGGUCCGGGGGCCCCUGGGCGGGGGUCCCGGGGCGCCCCUCCUCCCUCAGGAUCCGUUGUCCCGGUCCUCGUCUUUCCCCCGGAUCUAGUAUUCAGAGCGGACCAAAGGAGUGGACCCCGGCAGCUGCUGACCCUCUAUAACCCCACGGGAACCGCGCUUCGCUUCCGAGUCCUGUGUACAGCACCUGCCAAAUACACGGUUUUUGAUGCAGAAGGAUAUGUGAAGCCUCAGUCCUGCAUUGACAUUGUGAUUCGCCAUGUGGCCCCCAUUCCCAGCCACUAUGACAUCCAGGACCGCUUCCGAAUUGAGCUUUCUGAGGAAGGGACCCAGGGCAGAGUGGUGGGACGCAAAGACAUCACCUCAGUUCUGCGGGCCCCAGCCUAUCCCCUUGAACUUCAGGGACCGCCCCAGCCAACACCCAACCCAGAGCCUCCUGCUUGGACAGCACCACCCAUGACAAGACACUUGCAGGAGAACCCCCGCCAGCAACUGGCUACCAGCUCCUUCCUCCUCUUUUUGAUGACGGGCAUUGUCUCUGUGGCCUUCCUGCUGCUCCCACUCCAGGAUGAACUUGGCAGCCAACUGCCACAAGUCCUGCACGUCUCCCUGGGACAAAAGUUGGUGGCAGCCUAUGUCUUAGGCCUCCUCACCAUGGUGUUCCUCCGGACCUGAGCUCCCUGCUCAACCCCACCCUACCGUCACCUCCCCAGGCAGGGACCUGAGGCAGCCACUGUGAUGCACGUACUUUGCCUCAAUCCUCUUCUUCCCAUCUGUUCCCUAACCCCACCAAGAAAAAUAUCCAGGGA